CCCAUCCCUAGUUUAUUUUGGCAAACAAAAUGACAAGCCCUGCCGGAUCGAGUGGGUCAGGGGGCAGUGGCAGUAGCAGCAAUGGUGAUGUGGGCAGCAACUCUGAGGAGACGCGACGCAUUUGGGUAGGAAAUCUGGACUCACGGAUAACCGAGUUUCAACUCCUCAAACUGAUGCAAAAAUGCGGCGCCAUCGAGAAGUUUGACAUGCUGUUCCACAAGGGCGGUCCCAUGGUGGGACAAUCCCGCGGCUACGCUUUCGUUACCUUCGCUCAGAACGAAGGAGCCACCAAUGCAUUGCUGAAGCUAGAUGGAACCAGUGUGGGAAAUCGCUCAAUAGCCGUUCGUUUGGCCAAAAACAUAAAAUAUGAUGAUUUGCAAAAGCCAAAGCCACGCCUUGAGAUACCAGCCUUAGGAACCGGAAAACGCGAGGAGAAGAUCAGCAAAACUGAAGCCAUACGUGCCAUUGAGGCCAAACUGAAAGUGCUAGAACGUCAGACGGACGACAAUCUUGAGCUGAAUAAUGGCGGCAGAGGUGAGGCCAAUGUGCCUUUCAUUCAGCGCUAUCAGUUCAAUAAGGAUCGGGACGGAUUGCAGCGCUACGGCAAGUCCUCGGCUCCAUAUCAUCGACAGCAGCGACCCAAGCGGCGCUAGCCUCUUAGACUCCGAAUUCGACUUCGCCACCGUCUCACCCAUUUAGCCUGUAAACAAACAUCUUUAGUACUUAGGGCGCUACCUCAGCAGACGAGCCUUGUGCAGGUGUAAUUUUUACAAUUAAUUUAUUAAAAAAAAGAGAAAAGGAACAAUUAGAA